AUGGAUAUAGAGAACGACAGGGUAAAAACAAAGAGUAUACCAGACCUCAAAGCACUGGAGGAGAAUCCAAAGACCUCACUAAGAGACCGCUCCUCUGACGUCAUAACAGCAGUACCAUGGCGACUGGUUUUCCCACUCUUCAGUAUUCAUAACCAUUCAGACUUCAGCAAUAAUCUGACUGAUGAUUCCAACCCUAAUCUGACCGUAGACUCCAGCAACAAUCUGACUGAUGAUUCCAACCUUAAUCUUACAGUAGACUCAAGCGAUAACAAGACUGAUGAUUCCAACCAUCAUCUGACAGUAGACUUCAGCAAUAAUCUGUCUGAUGAUUCCAACCAUAAUCUUACAGUAGACUCCAGCAAUAAUCUGACUGAUGAUUCCAACCUUAAUCUUACAGUAGACUUAAGCGAUAACAAGACUGAUGAUUCCAACCAUCAUCUGACAGUAGACUUCAGCAAUAAUCUGACUGAUGAUUCCAACCAUAAUCUUACAGUAGACUCAAGCAAUAAUCUGACUGAUGAUUCCGACCAUAAUCUUACAGUAGACUUCAGUAAUAACAUGACUGAUGAUUCCAACCAUCAUCUGACAGUAGACUUCAGCAAUAAUCUGAUUGAUGAUUCCAACCAUAAUCUGACAGUAGACUCCAGCAAUAAUCUAACUGAUGAUUCCAACCUUAAUCUUACAGUAGACUCAAGCGAUAACAAGACUGAUGAUUCCAACCAUCAUCUGACAGUAGACUUCAGCAAUAAUCUGUCUGAUGAUUCCAACCAUAAUCUUAUAGUAGACUCCAGCAAUAAUCUGACUGAUGAUUCCAACCUUAAUCUUACAGUAGACUCAAGCGAUAACAAGACUGAUGAUUCCAACCAUCAUCUGACAGUAGACUUCAGCAAUAAUCUGACUGAUGAUUCCAACCUUAAUCUGACAGUAGACUCCAGCAAUAAUCUGACUGAUGAUUCCAACCAUAAUCUUACAGAAGACUCCAGCAAUAAUCUGACUGAUGAUUCCAACCAUAAUCUGACCGUAGACUCCAGCAAUAAUCUUUCGAUGAUUCAAACCUUUAUCUUACAGUAG